AUGAACAAUAACAAUGCAAGUACAACGACACUUUCUUUUAGUAAUUCAUUUCUAAAACCAGUUAUUCUCGAUUGGUUGGGUAUUGGCAUCAGUAUCAUCGCUAUAUGCAAAAUGACUUUUAUGAUAUUAUUAAUUUUUGCUCGUCGUCAAUUGAUUAAACCAAAAGAGCGAGUUUUGUUUCUUCUCAGUUUAAAUAUGUUCAUGAAUGUUUUGAUAUUUGCAUGUUUUACUUUGAAUAUGUUCAUCUCCAUGCUUUUGGGACAUAUGAAUCCGGACAGAACAGAUUUGCAUGAUAAUACACUCCGAUGUCGUUUGAAGAUCUAUGUCUCAACGAUAGCAUUGAUAUCUGCUUUGUACUCAAACACUCUUCAAGCACUUCAUCGACUGUUUCGUAUUGUCUACCAUCAUCGUCCGUUUUUCUAUCGGAAUAUUUAUUUAUAUAUGUUUGGUAUUGUAGUCGAAAUUCAUCUCGGUGCACUUUUACAAUUGCCUGUUCUCUUACCUGGUCAUUAUGAUUAUGAAGAUUACCAUUGCCAAGUUUACCUCACCAACUGGCGUGGUAUCUUGAUAGGAGCAUCCUGUGUAUGGUUACCGCCUGUGAUCUUAACUAUUAUUAUCUACGUCUGUACUGUAUCGUUUAUUCGUCGGAAUCUAUCGAAAUUCACCAUGCGACAGAAAAAGCGAAUCAAACGUGAUUUUAUUGUCAUCAGACGUAUUCUUUGGUUAGUUGUUUUUAUUAUUCUAUUUGGUACACCUGCAUGUAGCACACCGAUUGUCUAUCAUCUAUUCGGUUAUAUUGGUUGGUGGGCGAAUCAUAUAACAUGGUUAACGUUUAUCUCUUCAUUUACCGGAAUGACAGUCGUUCAUACGUAUUAUGCACCACAUCUCCAUGUUCUAUUAGCAAAAUCAUUCAAUUGUAGAAAAUUAGAAACAAUGGUGUAG